CCGCCCGCCGCCGGCCCGCGGCUGCCCUCGGAGGAGCUGGUCCAGACGAGAUGUGAAAUGGAGAAGUAUCUGACACCUCAGCUCCCUCCAGUUCCAAUCAUUCCAGAACAUAAAAAGUAUAGACGAGACAGUGCCUCAGUCGUAGACCAGUUCUUCACUGACAGUGAAGGGUUACCUUACAGUAUCAACAUGAACGUCUUCCUCCCAGACAUCACUCACCUGAGAACUGGCCUCUACAAAUCCCAGAGACCAUGUGUAACCCAGAUCAAGACAGAACCUGUUACCAUUUUCAGCCACCAGAGUGAGCCGACUGCCCCUCCUCCGGCCCCGACCCAGGCCCUCCCCGAGUUCACCAGUAUAUUCAGCUCCCACCAGACCACAGCUCCAGAGGUGAACAAUAUUUUCAUCAAACAAGAACUUCCUACACCAGAUCUUCAUCUGUCUGUCCCUUCCCAGCAGGGCCACCUGUACCAGCUACUGAAUACACCGGAUCUAGACAUGCCCAGUUCUACAAACCAGACAGCCGUCAUGGACACCCUUAACGUUUCUAUGUCGGCCGCCAUGGCAGGCCUUAACACACACACCUCUGCCGUUCCGCAGACUGCGGUGAAACAGUUCCAGGGCAUGCCCCCUUGCACAUACACCAUGCCAAGCCAGUUUCUUCCACAGCAGGCCACUUAUUUUCCCCCGUCGCCACCAAGCUCAGAGCCUGGAAGUCCUGCUAGACAAGCUGAGAUGCUCCAGAAUCUAACACCACCUCCAUCCUAUGCUGCUACAAUCGCUUCCAAGCUGGCCAUCCACAAUCCUAGUCUACCUGCCACUCUGCCAGUUAAUUCGCCAAACAUCCAGCCUGUCAGAUACAAUAGAAGAAGUAACCCUGAUCUGGAGAAGCGACGUAUCCACUACUGUGACUAUCCUGGUUGCACAAAAGUUUAUACAAAGUCUUCUCAUUUAAAAGCUCACCUGAGGACUCAUACCGGUGAGAAGCCCUACAAGUGCACCUGGGAGGGCUGCGACUGGAGGUUUGCCAGGUCGGACGAGCUGACCCGCCACUACCGCAAGCACACGGGAGCCAAGCCGUUCCAGUGCGGGGUGUGCAACCGCAGCUUCUCGCGCUCGGACCACCUGGCGCUGCACAUGAAGCGCCACCAGAACUGAGCGCUGCGCUAGCCGCACACGCCUCGCAGCCCGUUCGGCCACCCUUUAAACCGCAGACUUAACUUCAUAUAAAAAUGAAAUCAGAAGAACUGGAAAUGUAUAUUUUGUAUAUUUGAGGCCACAGGGAAUACAUUGUAUUAAUACCAAAGUGUUUGGUCAUUUUAAGAACCUGGAAGCUUGCUGUCAUGCACAUGGCUGGCUUUCCUCAGCAGACUUCAUCUCGAGACAGGCAGCGGGAUCUCAGCAUGGGGAAUCGGUAGGGGCACAGGGUGUGUGUGUGCUGUUUUCACCUAGACUGCACACGCAAUCAUUCGUGACAGUGUUUAGUAGACAGACCAGUUAGCAGGCACCCGAAGGACAGAUUGUCAAGAUUUUACUUGACGGGGACUCGUUUUUUCUCAAUAUUAGAUUACUUCCUUAGAGGUACUCAGCGUACCUGGCAAUUCACAAAUAGCCAUUGAACAAAUGUGUUUUUGUUUUUUAUAUAUGAGUUGCCUAUAUUUGCUAUUCAAAAUUUUGUAAAUAUGCAAAUCAGCUUUAUAGGUUUAUUACAAGUUUCUAAGGGUUGUUUUCGGAAAAAAAAAAUCAUGCUUCUUUUGAAAAUAACUGAAUACAUUUACAGUUAGAAUCUGUGGUAAGAUACCUCUCAAGAAUGUUACCAAAUCCAUUUCCUUGGGGGGGGGGAUAAUCAUUUAAAUGAACGUUUAAAAAGCAAAUUUCACACAUGAUUGAAAUAAGAUUGUUUAUUUUAAAUAUGAAAGAUGUUUUUAUAUGAAUUUAAACUGAAGAGCUUAAAGAUAGUUACACAAAAGUUAAACCUCUUCAUAAGCUAAACAGUAUCAUCUUUAAAAGGGGGGGAAUGACUGACACGGUUUUUACAUAUGUAUGUCGAUGUUGAACUUAGGAGACCGUUUUCACUUGAGGAAACGUUGAAUUCAUGAUACAGUUUUCUUGUACUGGGAUGUUUGCUCGUGCAGUACUGUUGGUUAAAUGACAAUUUAUGUGGGUUUUGCAUGUGCUAUUCAGUGAGACACAGUAAUUUUAUUGAAAUUACAGUGCAGUAUAGUUAAUCUAUUGUUAAUACUGACUCGGUGUCUGCCUUUACUAUCUAUCAAUGGGAAUGUGAUGCUGACGCUGUUAACCAAAGGGCAGAAAUCAUAAGCAAAAUGCCAAAAGCGGUCUUAAUUGAAAUGAAAAUUUAAUUUUGUUUUUAAAAUAUUGUUUAUCAUUAUUUAUUUUGUGGUAAUAUAGUAAGUUUUUUUAGAAAACAAUUUUCAUAACUUGAUAAAUUAUAGUUUUGUUUGUUAGAAAAGUUGCUCUUUCAACAUGUAAAUAGAUGAAAAAGGUGUAAAUAGUUUUGUAAGAGGCUUCAAGAUGUUUAUACGUGGAAACAUACCUACAUAAAAAGCAUAAAUCGGUUGCUGUUUUGCUUCUUUUCCCCUCUUAUUUUUGUAUUGUGGUCAUUUCCUAUGCAAAUAUUGGAGCAAACAGCUGUAUAGUUGUAGAAUUUUUUGAGAGAAUGAGAUGUUUAUAUAUUAACGACAAUUUUUUUGGAAAAUAAAAAGUGCCUAAAAAGA